GCUAGGAUGACUUAAAAGAACAACUUUGUAAGAAGCAUCAGUCUUCUUACAGUUGCUAUGGCUACAGGAAGAAGUUCAAUUAAAGUUCCAUGUGAAAAUGAAGACUUACCUGACAAAGAAAAUGCACCAGAUUUUGACGAGGACACUUUACGAGCCACAGCUGAUGUUUAUAGAAAUGAGGGUAAUGAGGCCUUCAAGAAAGGAGAUUUCAUCAAUGCUAUUCAUUUUUACACCAAAGGAAUUAAAAUGAACUGCAAUGAGAAAGAACUGAAGGCCAAACUGCACAACAACAGGGCUAUUGCACAUUCUAAACUUGGAAAUCACCAGGAUUCACUAAGGGAUGCAGAAGCAGCCAUUGAGUUAAAUCCAACUUUCCUUAAGGCAAUUGUGAGAGGAGCCACUGCUUGUGUUGAAUUGAAGAGAUUUGAAGAAGCAAUCACUUGGUGUGAUAAGGGACUAGCUGUAUCCUUUGAAGGAAUCUUUCAUUUUUAACCGUGGGUAUAAUGGAAAAAAGUUUCCAUAAUUUGAUGUUUCAAGGGAGAAAAUACAAAGAAGGGUAUUAAUUAUGAUGGGAACUUGUCAGCUCAUAUACUUUAAGUGUGUGUGAUUAAAAACAUAGGAGAAGUUAUUACCUCAUGACUUAUUAAUGAAAUUACUCCUUUUAGCCAAUUUGACUUAGUUCUACUAUCCAUGCCAAUAACUGGUACAUUAGUUUAAAUAACCCUUUAAUUUCCCAGACCAAAUUUGUAAUUAUCCUUACUGUCAACCAUACAAUUCUUGUAAUGUUAGUACAGAGAAUUCAGUAUUGCAUCAACUAACUAUUUUUAAAUUGAUAUAUUUUUUUUUACUCUCAACACUUAUCUGAUUGAUAUUGUAUUGCUAUUGUAAGGAGAAAUUCUCUUUUGGUCACUCACGGGAGUUAAAGGGUUAGAAGACUAAUAUUCAUCCAGUUUAUACAUAGUACUUGGGUAGAUGAUCUCUCUAAAACAAGCCAGAACAAAAAGCUCUUUAAUGUUUACAUAUCUUAUGCAGAUUUUCUGCCUUC